AUGGUGGCCGGGCCGGGGCCGGGGCUGCUGGCCUUGGCCUUGGCCUUGUGGCCGGCAGGGCUCUGGGCACGGCCGAGGCUGCAGGAGGCCGGCGGAGGGCAGCGAGCGCCCGGGGACUCCGUCACCCUCUCCUGCCGAGGAUCCGGAUACCCGUUUAGGAGUCAUGGAAUUUAUUGGUACCGUCAGUCACCCGGAGGGAGCCUGGCUUGGGUGUCCUUUAUUGGUUCUGAUCCGAGAGUUCUAUAUUUUGACCAGUCCGUGCAGGGGCGGACCAGCAUGUCCCGGGACAAUUCCCGGUCCGAGGUUUAUCUCUCCCUGCUGACCCUGCAGCCCCGCGACUCUGCCCGGUACUUCUGCGCUGUUCACACGGGGACAGGAAACCCAGCUGGUGUGCUGAUAGAUAAGCUUGUAUUUGGACCAGGGACGACACUCACAGUUGAACCAAACAUUUCCAACAUUUCUGACCCUCAAGUCAUUGUGAUGAAAUCAAAGAAAUUGGAAGAAGGUGGCAGCUCUGGGAAAGCAGCUUGUUUGGCAAGGAACUCCGCUACAAAGAACAUCAGAUUGGAGAUGCCCUCUCAGGAGGUGGUCUAUGAACAGAGCCCAUCCAUUUUGACGUCACAGGGGUUGUACAAUGCAAUUAAAGUGGUCAGGGUGACAAAAGACACAGAGGUCACCUGCACGGCCAAAUUCCCCGACCGCACGAUAACAGCACAGCCAGAAGAGGAGGCUGAAGAACCAAUAACAGGAUUUGGGGAAGCAAAUAGAACCAGAACAGAGUUAGGGGCCAGUGAGAGGGUUUGCAACAGCACAAACAUCUCAGCACAAGAUGCUGGAGGGCAGAGAGUGAACAUGCUGUCCAUGGCUGUGCUGGGUUUGAGAGUCCUGCUGGCAAAGAGCAUCGCCUUCAAUGCCCUCAUGAGCAUCAAGUUGUUUCUUUUCUGAGACAUGGGGAACGAACCCAAAGAAGAGCAGGAAAGAACGUGAACCAGCAGCACAAGGGGGCUGAACAAGCAGGGCCAGAGCUGCUGACAGAGACCAGCCAGGACACGAGGCAGCACCUUCCCCUGAAGACACGCAACACUCUGCACUCCUGCCUGGCCAGCUGAUUUACACUGAAGAGUUUUGAGUGCUUUUCCUGUUUCCUCUCCUCUGAACACUGAGGAGAGUGGGUUUAUCCUCAUCCUCCUGCUAAGCAGAUCCCCCCACUCUUCUGGCAUUUGCACACCAGUGUCCAGCCUGCUUCAGUAGCUUUGAAAACUCCAGUGCUCACUGCAGAUAGAUGGCCUUUGAAAAGCACCUUUCCCAGGCAUCUUGUGUUACUGCCUGAGGAACUGGAGCAGCACUGCUGGGGGAAUUCCAGCACAGGAGCUUGGGGUUUUAGAUAAUUUAAAUAUCCAAAAGUGUGUAUUGCUGAUAAGAAGAGCUAUGUAGAAUCUGGAGUGAUUUCAUUCAACUAGAUAAUGUUCAUUUCUUGAUUAAGCCUGUAUUUCUUCUGCCAAAUUUUUUGCAAGUGCAUUUUAGGUUCCUAUAAUAGUGACAAAAAUAAACUUGUGCGAG